GUUUCAGAAGAAGAUAUUGAAAAGAUGUUACGACGCAACUUAAAAUGCCUCAAUCACGAUCGCUAGAAUAUCGCUAGGACAGAUCGUGACUUAAGCCAAAUUCAUUUAAGAUUCGGGUCAUUUUAUGCUGGAGGGAGAAUUCUUCAGUGGGGGAUACUCACACCAUAGAUCGCACGACCUUCUUCUUCGCUCGCGGUACACAUCGUUUUCAGUAACGGUGCAUCUAUGAGAUAUAACGUUAGUUGCAUCCUUUGUUCUCACUACGACAGUUUUUACUGUGUGUAUGAGUGCGAAUCGCCGUCAACCAACGAAAAUACCAAAACCGUGAGAAACAAAUUCAGACGAUGUUAUCCUUCAGCUUAAUGAGAAUGAAAUCGCCGUUACGAAUCUGCGAGAUGCGACGCCAUCCGUUGCAACUCUACGAGUCGUUCCUUCAAAGGGUUGUUCUCCGGGCUUUCUGCAGCGAGACAAUCACAUCCGAAUGCCCUCAUGUAUCUUCGUCUCCGAGAGUCGCAUCUUCGUUUGUUAAACCAUACGACGAGGUGCCGGGACCGCGGCCGAUACCGAUUUUGGGCAACGCCUGGCGCCUGUUGCCGUUGAUCGGCCAAUAUCAGAUUUCCGAUGUCGGGAAGAUUUCGCAAAUGUUUUACGACGAGUAUGGGAAAAUCGUGAGGCUGGGCGGUCUGAUGGGUCGACCCGAUUUGCUCUUCGUCUACGACGCUGACGAGAUCGAAAAGGUGUACCGCCAAGAGGGUCCUACGCCCUUCAGACCUGCCAUGCCGUGUUUGGUGCACUACAAGAGUGUCGUACGCAAGGAUUUCUUCGGCGAUUUGCCCGGCGUCGUUGGCGUACAUGGCGAGGCAUGGAAAGAUUUUCGUACACGUGUUCAAAAACCUGUUCUCCAACCGAAAACUGUGCGAAAAUACAUAACACCGAUCGAGGUGGUUACGGAGGAUUUCAUAAGAAGAAUCGAGAAGAUUACAAACGACGACGGCGAACUGCCCGGCGAUUUCGAUAACGAGAUACAUAAAUGGGCAUUGGAAUGUAUCGGUCGUGUCGCACUCGAUGUUAGACUCGGAUGCUUAGGCGAAACAUUGUCAUCGGAUUCUGAACCGCAAAAAAUCAUCGACGCCGCCAAGUUCGCCCUGAGAAAUGUCGCUUCACUGGAACUUAAAGCCCCAUACUGGAGAUACAUCCCGACACCUCUCUGGAGCCGUUACGUACGCAAUAUGAAUUAUUUUAUUGAGAUAUGCAUGAAGUACAUUGACGCUGCGAUUGUCAGGCUUAAGAAUAAAAAAGCUGUGGAUGAAAGCGACUUGUCGCUGGUAGAACGAAUUUUGGCCAAAGAAACAGAUCCUAAAAUAGCUUACAUUUUUGCUCUCGAUCUGAUAUUGGUCGGCAUUGACACGAUAUCAAUGGCAGUAUGUUCAAUAUUAUAUCAAUUAGCAACUAGACCGGAAGAGCAGGAGAAGAUAUAUCAAGAAUUGCUGCAGAUACUGCCAGAUCCAUCCAUUUCUCUCACAACGAGCCAUUUAGAUCAAGCGGUCUAUAUGAAAGCCUUUAUUCGGGAAGUGUUUAGAGUGUACUCUACCGUUAUCGGAAACGGUAGAACAUUGCAGAAUGACACUGUCAUUUGCGGUUACAAAAUUCCAAAAGGAGUUCAAGUCGUCUUUCCAACGCUUGUCACUGGUAAUAUGGAAGAAUAUAUUACGGACGCAAAAACGUUCAAACCUGCGAGAUGGCUCAAAGAUUUUGAUAACGAGAAGUUGCAUCCAUUUGCAUCACUACCAUACGGUUAUGGAGCACGAAUGUGCUUGGGUAGACGAUUUGCAGAUCUCGAGAUGCAAGUGCUCCUCGCGAAGCUUUUGAGAUCGUACAAAUUGGAAUAUCAUCAUGAGCCGCUGAAAUACAAAGUUACAUUCAUGUACGCGCCCGAUGGAGAACUCAAAUUUAAAGUAAUAAAAAGAUAGCAUUCUGCAAGUCAUAUAAUAUAAUGGUAAAAUAAUU